AUGGGUUCUUCAACUCCCUUCUGCUACUCAAUCAACCCAUCUCCAUCAAAGCUCGAUUUCACCAGGACCCACGCGUUCAGCCCUGUCGCCAAACAGUUCUAUCUCGACUUACCGUCGUUCGCCGGCAAAUCGGGAGGGGGAUUAUCGGGGUUAAGAAAGCGUCGAACUUUAAUCGGAGUAAAGGCCGCGGCGGCGACUUUGGUGGCGGAAGAGGAGAAGCGUGAGACAGUAACCGAGAGUAAGAAGAAACCGAGGGUUCUCGUGGCCGGAGGCGGAAUCGGAGGUCUGGUGUUCGCUCUCGCGGCGAAGAAGAAAGGGUUCGAUGUGUUGGUGUUCGAGAAAGACUUAAGCGCCAUAAGAGGAGAAGGACAGUACAGAGGUCCGAUUCAGAUUCAGAGCAACGCCUUGGCUGCUCUGGAAGCUAUCGAUAUCGGUGUUGCUGAAGAAGUCAUGGAAGCUGGAUGUAUCACCGGUGAUCGGAUUAACGGCCUCGUCGACGGUGUCUCUGGCACUUGGUAUGUCAAGUUUGAUACUUUCACUCCUGCGGCGUCACGUGGACUCCCUGUGACUCGGGUGAUUAGCAGAAUGACUCUGCAGCAGAUCUUGGCACGUGCGGUUGGUGAAGAAAUUAUUAGAAACGAGAGUAAUGUUGUUGAUUUUGAAGACUCCGGAGAUAAGGUAACGGUGGUGCUUGAGAAUGGACAACGUUAUGACGGUGAUCUACUUGUUGGUGCAGAUGGCAUAUGGUCUAAAGUGAGAAACAACCUGUUUGGUCGGAGUGAAGCUACUUAUUCAGGCUACACUUGUUACACUGGUAUUGCAGAUUUUGUACCAGCUGAUAUCGAGUCUGUUGGCUACCGAGUUUUCUUGGGACACAAGCAAUACUUCGUUUCUUCUGAUGUUGGUGGUGGAAAGAUGCAAUGGUAUGCGUUCCAUGAGGAAGCAGCUGGUGGGGUUGAUGCUCCCAAUGGUAUGAAGAAAAGACUGUUUGAUAUAUUUGAAGGUUGGUGCGACAAUGUGCUGGAUUUAUUGCAAGCCACUGAGGAGGAAGCGAUUCUGAGAAGAGAUAUAUAUGAUAGAAGUCCUAGUUUCACUUGGGGUAAAGGGCGUGUGACGCUGCUCGGUGAUUCUAUUCAUGCAAUGCAGCCAAAUAUGGGUCAAGGUGGAUGCAUGGCCAUUGAGGAUAGUUUUCAACUAGGAUUGGAGCUUGAACAAGCAUGGAAACAGAGUGUUGAAACUAAUACACCUGUUGAUGUUGUUUCCUCUUUGAGAAGAUACGAGGAAUCUAGAAGACUCAGAGUGGCUAUUAUCCAUGGAAUGGCGAGAAUGGCUGCAAUAAUGGCUUCCACUUACAAAGCAUACUUGGGUGUUGGGCUUGGUCCUCUCUCUUUCUUGACCAAGUUUAGAGUACCGCAUCCCGGAAGAGUAGGUGGGAGAUUCUUCAUUGACAUUGCUAUGCCUUUGAUGCUUAACUGGGUCCUUGGUGGUAACAGUGAGAAACUCGAAGGAAGGCCACCUAGUUGCAGACUCACUGACAAAGCUGAUGACCGCCUUCGUGAGUGGUUUGAAGACGACGAAGCUCUUGAACGUACUAUUAACGGAGAGUGGUAUCUCAUUCCACAUGGCAACGAGUGUAGCGUUUCUGAAACAUUACGUCUAACCAAAGAUGAGGAUCAGCCUUGCAUUGUCGGAAGUGAACCAGACCAAGAUUUUCCUGGAAUGCACAUUGUGAUCCCUUCCCCUCAGGUAUCGAAGAUGCAUGCGCGUGUGAUUUACAAAGAUGGAGCUUUCUUCGUGAUGGAUCUUCGAAGCGAACACGGGACCUAUCUCACCGAUAACGAAGGAGGAAAAUACAGAGUGACACCAAACUUCCCGGCCCGGUUUAGACCGUCUGAUAUCAUCGAGUUUGGUUCGGACAAGAAGGCGGCGUUUAGGGUCAAGGUGAUCAGGACAACUCCCAAAUUGACGAGAAGGGAUGAGAAGAGUGACGGUAAAUUGCUUCAGGCUGCUUGA